UUUUGUUGAUCCUGUCUAGAUUUACCGGGUAGCCACGUCAGAAUAUCUGAAUAUCAAUUUAUUCACCAUUCUCCCUUUCCCCAGGAUUUGCUUUUGGAUGGCUUUUUGAGAAUCCGGGUAGUGGCAACCAGGGGGGUAGCUGGAAUUUCUCCAAUCACCACUCGGAAAGGCUUCAUGUACAGGGUUUGUAACAAUCCAUUGACAUCAUGAUAAAAUGAUAUCAGGAUCAUUGCGUUAAGUGUUACAGGAAAGUACGCAACAACAUUGAAUCUGCUUGAUCUUGAUCGAAAACAAGGUACUGCUUCAAUUGUUGCCUACUCUAAUCAAGUUUAGCAUCAUUCAAUCACCCCUCCUGUCGAUACUUGACGGAGUUUCGCUCCGGGGCGAAAGAAUCAAGCAGAUGGGAAGUUGAAAUGGCUAUAUAUACUUGGAUAUCUCCAGUCAAACUCUUUUAAAUCAUCAACAAGCAAUUCACAUCUUUCAAACAUUGAAACAAUUCAAACAACUCCAACAAUAUACCAAAUAAACCAUCAACCAAUCUCAAAAUGAGCGAAACAUACAAGCCAACUGAGCACGGAGGUCUCAAGGAGGACGGUACUCCAGACAAGAGAGUGGGAACUGGCGAGUUUGCUUACGGCCAAGUCGACCCAGUUGAAGCUGGAGCCAAGGGUGGAUCCACCAGCGACGCAAGCACUGAGAGCCCCUCCACCACUGGCAGCAGUGGUAGUGGUAAAGGCGAAUUUGCACACGGAAAGGUUGAUCCAGUCGAGGCUGGCAAGAAGGGAGGACAAGCUUCUUAGAUUGUCUCAAGAUUUAAUGAUGUCUGAACUUUCAAUGAUGGGAAUGUCGGCUGUGUACGACGAAAUAAUUUCGGAUAUCAUUAGUUCUAGGUUUAUGAUGAAUUAUGAUAACUGCGAAAUAUUGAGUUAGCAACAAUGAUAUAAUUUCAUAAC